UCACUCAGAGGGCGGGCUAGCAAGAUGGCGGCGCCCAGGAGCCGGUGAGGUGAGAGGACGCGGGGGUCCUGGGGACUGCUGCACCAGUGCAUUAUGGCCGCGUCCCCGCACACUAUUUCCUCGCGCCUCCUCACAGGCUCAGUAGGAGGAUGUGUCUGGUAUUUAGAGAGAAGAGCUAUACAGGGGUUGCCACACAGGGUUACACAUCUGUUGAGGAAUGUCAAUAAUCAGUGGGUCACGGUCCAGCACUUGAGUUUCCUCAAGCGUAUGUAUGUCACACAGCUGCACAGGGGCCUUAGCCAGCGAGUCAAACCAAAGCCAGAGCCACCGGCUUCUUCUUUCCUUGAACACACCUCUUCAGGGCAGGCUAGAGCAGACGUGGAUGAGCUGCCAUCUUUCCCAACACCCAGUCUGCCUCUGUCUCAGAAGCCACAUAAGGAGGUGGUGGAGCUUGAGACGACCUCCAUAAUGGACCAUUCUCUUGAUACAGCCAAAGAGAAAAAGGAAGAAAGGCAGUGGAAAGAGAUGAAGCUUCACACUGACGAUCUGCCUGGCAUUUUGGCCCGGCUGUCCAAGAUCAAACUCACAGCUCUUGUGGUAAGCACCACUUCAGCAGGCUUUGCACUGGCUCCAGGCCCUUUCGACUGGUCCUGCUUCCUGCUUACAUCCCUUGGAACUGGUCUUGCAUCCUGUGCUGCCAACUCCAUCAAUCAGUUUUUUGAGGUGCCAUUUGACUCCAACAUGAGUAGAACAAAGAACAGGCCUCUGGUUCGCGGACAGAUAAGCCCAUUGCUAGCCGUGUCUUUUGCCACCUGUUGUGCUGUGCCAGGAGUGGCCCUUCUGACCUGGGGAGUGAACCCACUCACAGGGGCCUUAGGGGUCUUCAACAUUUUCCUGUAUACCUGUUGUUACACACCACUGAAGAGGAUCAGCGUCAUCAAUACCUGGGUUGGAGCCGUGGUGGGAGCCAUUCCUCCUGUCAUGGGCUGGACGGCUGCCACUGGAAGCCUUGAUGCUGGAGCGCUUCUUCUGGGAGGCAUCCUGUACUCCUGGCAGUUCCCCCACUUCAAUGCCCUGAGCUGGGGCCUCCGCGAAGACUACUCCCGAGGAGGCUACUGCAUGAUGUCCGUCACCCACCCAGCCCUCUGCCGGCGGGUGGCACUGCGCCACUGCCUGGCCCUGAUUGCUCUGUCGACUGCUGCCCCUGUCUUGGACAUCACCACGUGGGUCUUCCCUGUCAUCUCCCUCCCCAUCAACCUGUACAUUUCCUACCUCGGCUUGCGCUUCUACGUGGACGCAGACCGCAAGAGCUCAAGGAAACUGUUCUUCUGCAGCCUGUGGCACCUGCCGCUGCUGCUGCUGCUCAUGCUCACCUGUAAGCAGCGGCCUGGCCAGGAGGGGGACAAGGGAGAGGCUCCAAGCUGAAAGCGAGCCACUCUGUGGGGAACAUGAGAGCAGACACAUGGACAGCACUGCCCUGGGCCAGCAGGAAGAGGAUAUUGGUGAUUCUGGCAAAAGGAGAAUUGCUGGUGGCAGAUCAUCUGGUGCUGUGUUGUCACUUACAAUCAUUUUAAUGUUAAUAUCCAACCUGCUUCCCAAAUGAGAAAGGGACUAGCAGACAGAGUCAGU